AGUUACAAGGAACAAGACUUGGUCUCGGAUUUGAAAACAAAAAGAAACCUGUACCGAAUUUAUGUAGGUGCACAAUGCCACCGACUCUCUUCCAGAAACUUUUCAACAAGAGAAAUGCGCUCUCGUCGCCGCCUCUGAGAUGUAGCAAAGAGGACCCAGCUUUCAGCUGGCCGCUUCCCCAGCUGGAGCCCAGUCAGAUCAGACUGAUAGUGUACCAGGACUGUGAGAAGCGUGGCAGAAAUGUCCUCUUUGACUCCAAUGCCAAGAAAAGGGGCACAGAGGAAACCCCCACCGCCAACGUUGAUGGCCAGGUUAAGAUGUUUGGAAAAUGCUGCCAGCUCCGACCUACCCGAGGCAGCAGCAGUUCUCUGGACAGCUCCUCCUCGUGUGCCUCUGAAACCAAGGAUUCCAAGGAGCAUGGCCUCCGCUUCCAGGGCUCGAGGUGUUCUUCUGAUGUGGUAAUGCUGGGAGAGAUGAUGUUUGGCUCUGUAGCUAUGAGCUACAAAGGGUCCACUCUUAAAAUCCACCAGAUCAGAUCGCCACCUCAGCUGAUGCUGAGUAAGGUCUUCACUGCCAGGACGGGAAGCAGUGUGUACGGCAGCCUCAACACGUUACAAGACAGUCUGGAGUUUAUUGGACCAGACAGCAACACCCUAAGGCCAGAUCAGAACGCAGGGCCCAGCAGUCUUUUAGGCAACAUAGGAUUUUCUCAGCUCUGCAGCCCUCGACGGGCCUUCUCUGAACAGGGCCCGCUGCGCCUCAUCAAGAGCGCAUCUUUCUUUUCAGGCCACAGUCACCCAAUGGACAUGCCAGGCCGAGGUCUGCACGACGAGAGGGACAGUGGCAUCGCCAGGUCAGCCUCUCUGAGCAGCCUGUUGAUCACUCCCUUCCCGUCCCCGGGCUCCUCUUUGAACAGCAGCUGUGCGUCCAGCUACCAGCGCCGAUGGCUCCGCAGUCAAACCACCAGCUUGGAGAACGGCGUUUUCCCUCGAUGGUCGGUAGAGGAGAGCUUCAACAUGUCUGAUGAAAGUGGAGCUCAGAGCCUGGGGGUGAUGCGGAAGAAGAAGAUCGCCAUCGGAGUCAUCUUCACGCUGUCCUCCAACCCAGAAGAGGACAGCCGCUUCCAGGAUUUCUUCUUCUCCCACUUCCCUCUGUUCGAAAGCCACAUGAACAAACUCAAGAGUGCCAUCGAGCAGGCCAUGAAGAUGAGUCGGCGGUCAGCAGAUGCCAGUCAGAGAGCUCUGGCUUACAAUCGAAUAAUCGAUGGACUCAACGAGUUCAGGAUGACCAUCUGUGACCUCUACACAAUGCCCCGUGUGGCCGAGCCCGUCUGGUUGACUAUGAUGUCAGGUGCAUCAGAGAAGAACCAGCUCUGCGGCCUCUUCAUGAGGGAGCUGUCCUCGCUGAUGGAGCAGGCCUCCAAGAACCAAUUCCUCCCAGCUUUAUUAACAGCCAUCCUGACCAAUCAUCUGGCCUGGGUACCCACCGUCAUGCCCAAUGGGCAGCCUCCAAUUAAAAUCUUCCUCGAGAAACACUCCUCACAAAGCGUCGACAUGCUGGCAAAGACGCAUCCCUACAACCCUCUCUGGGCACAGCUUGGGGACCUUUACGGGGCCAUAGGGUCACCAGUACGGCUGUCUCGGACAGUGGUGGUUGGCCGCCGACAGGAUCUGGUCCAGAGGCUCCUCUAUGUCCUUACGUACUUCAUCCGCUGCUCUGAACUGUUGGAGACUCACAUGCUGGACAGUGCUGAAGAUGAGGCCAUCGUCAUGCCUGGCUCUCUCAUCACCACCUCACUCAGGAAGGGGGAGAUAGAGGAGUCAGACUACGUCCUAGUUACUGUCCAUAAGCCCAGUGGAGAUUAUCUGUCGCAAGGGACCAGCAGCCAGCAGACUGAGGCUGAAGACGGCAGCUACCCUUCAGACAACAGCCUCCAGAGCAGCACAUACACAGACACUGAGAUGGAGCACAGCUGUAGGGAGAUGCUCAAAGAGAAAAAUGACAACGAAGAAUACGAGGAGUACAGCAAUAACAGUCAAGGAUCCAGGAGUAGUGUUCUUCAGUCAAGGCCCACUGAAGGUGCAGCUUCUAUUAUCAGGACUGCAGAAGAUGAACUGCAGACUUUAGCUGUACCUGAAGCUGGGGAACUAAAAAGGGAGUCCAACAGCCCACUGGCCUCUGAGGUGAGGGUGGAGACGGUACUGCAGGUUGGCUCAACCUGUCCCAAGGAUCAGAGCCAUGUGCUGGACACAGAGACCAAGGGAGACAUAAAACUUAUUCCAUCUACACACAUAGUUCCUCCAUCAAGUCCUUCCAACUCUUCUGCCACUAUAGACAGUAAGACCUUUGGGGUUGGGAUGGAUUCUGAAGUGGGGAGUCAGCCCAGGAAAGUGCAGGCUCUUCAAGCUUUGGGCAUCUCUUUGGUGAAGAAGCCCCCAGAUGAGAACCUGGUUGGAGCAGUGCCGAUACCAGUAAUGCCAGGAAAACCCAUGCCAGGACCCAUGGCCCUGAGUUCAGCUGAGGAGGAAGAGCCGGCAACAAAAGUCACCUUCCUUAUUGGUGACUCCAUGUCUCCAGAGUCGGAUACAGAGAGCCGACAAAGGAAGAUGCAGAUGGAAAUAAAAAAGUACAAGAAACUCAUGGAAAACCAACUCUCUCACCUGCAGCCUCUUCAUCUGCAGCAACAAUAUAAUCUUCCCAGAGGAGCACAUUCAAAGACCAGCAACACCAGUGCAUCAGAGGACCAAACGAAACAGACCAAGGCAACUCCAGCGCUGCAGCGGGUGUCCAGCAAGAUGCCCCAAUGGAACCUGAACUGCGGGGACGAUUUUGACGAGUACUUCAGUUCAGAAAACCCCGUGGAGAUUAGAACUAUAGACGAUGUGGCCAAACAGGAGGCCACCACCACAGACGUUACGCACAAACAUUUACCAAACCCAUCAGGGAUCCCUCGGCUUCAUGACCUGAGGGAUCACAGCUGCCAAAGUGCAGGCAGGGCUCAGGGUUUGGGCAUCUGUUUAGGUUCAAGUAUUGGGGAGGUGGAGUCCAGCAAGAAGGGAUACACUUUAUCUGAUGUUCGGAGGAGGUGCAGGUGUGGUUCUACUGACUCCUCUGACGCCUGUUGCCGGAGCCGUCCUGCUGAGCAAGACCAAGACGUUGUGUUGACUGUCUCUGUCCCCCAAGAUGGAAGCGGUAAUAAGGACCAAAAGUGCCAGAUAGCUCCCCUCAACGACUGGGAAAUCCCACGAAAUGAGAGCUCUGACAGCGCGUUGGGAGACAGCGAGAGCGAGGAGACGGAGGACUGGCAAGAGGAAGUGCUGGUUCCCUUUCCUGGAGCAAAGUUAGUGGAAAACUACUCGAAGCCUAGCAUUGCCAACUUUGGCCUGUCUCUGUUUGGAGGCUACUGUCCCACCUACGUUCCAGACUUUGUACUGCAUGGAAUCCCCUGUGAUGAGAAGCUACGGCAAAGCCUCAUGACUGAAUUAUCCCAUGCUGUUCAGCAUCCUGUAUUGGAUGAGCCCAUAGCCGAGGCUGUCUGCAUUAUAGCAGACACAGACAAGUGGACAGUGCAGGUGGCCAGCAGUCAGAGACGAGCCACAGAUGUGAACAGGCUGGGGAAAGAAGUUCUGGUGUCCAACCUGGUCUCAACCUUAUUACAGUCCACGUACCAGCUCUACAAACUCAACCUCUCACCCAAUUUUUGUAUAAUGCACCUUGAGGACCGACUGCAGGAGAUCUACUUUAAGAGUAAAAUGCUUGCUGAAUAUCUGAAGGGCCAGACAAGAGUCCAUGUGAAAGAACUGGGCAUGGUCUUAGGAAUUGAGUCCAGUGACCUGCCCCUGUUGGCUGCAGUGGCCAGCACUCACUCCCCCUACGUUGCUCAGAUCUUACUAUGAAACUGCACCAGCGCUCAGGUCCAAACGCAGGACCAGUCAGACCAGUCAGACCCAGAUGGUGCCUCUGUGGUCCCCCAAAACAGCCGUCCACGCUUCACAGCUUCACACCCGUUAGUGGUUUUCUGUAGGGAACAUCAGUCUCAGGCUUUGGAGCAAUGUGGAUGUCUGACC